GUUUGGAGAUCUUUGAGGAUCUGCAGUGAUUGGAGAGGGCAGUCUACGCCGCAGUCCUUCUUUCCUUGUGUGUGCCAUCACUUCGAGCAGCUAUAAAGUCCAUUUGCUUCCUGAAAGGCUGCUGUGUUUUUGUGAUGGCAAGAGAAGUAUUUCUCCAGCAGCUGAUCUCAAAUCCUGACAGACUAAACUGUUUAGUGGAAGAAGCAAAAGAGUUGGCUUUUCAACAUGGGCUUCUUAUGCGCACACUCGAGACCCCCAAUUCAUCUGAGGUCGUCACCUACGCCCCAUUUACACUCUUCCCCACUCCUGUGCCCAGAGCCGCCCUCCUCCAGGCUCUGGAUGUGCAGACUCACCUCAACACAUUGGUGGACAAGAUCAGCCAGGACCCAGACUUUCUAGAAGAGGCUCUUGCAGGAACUAUCCAGGCAGAUGAUUUUACAGCUAAGUUGUUUGGCAUAUACAGACAAGUGCAGCAGGAAGGUCGGAAACAGUCCAUAGUGGUGGGUUUAAACCGGUGUGACUACAUGGUGGAUCAGGGGGAGGAUGGGACUCCUUCCCUGAAGCAGAUAGAGAUCAACACUAUUGCUGCUGGUGCUUUUGGCGUGUCUGACUGUCUCCCUGUGGUGCACAGGCACGUACUGAGGUCAGUUGGUCUUUUGGAAGAGAGCCAGUGUGUUCAGGAUACCAACAGGACUUCUGGAAUGAUGGCUGCUCUCGCCAAGGCCUGGGAGCUCUACGGCCAACAGAAGGCAGUAAUCCUGUUUCUGGUUGAGGAUGUCCAGACUUCCAAACUCAAUCAUCGUUCCAUUGAAAAGGAGCUUUGGAACAGGAAUAUUCCUGUUAUCCGCAGAAAGUUUGAGGAGGUGUCCAGAAGAGGAUUUCUAGAUGCCAACCAAAACCUGUUUGUAGAUGGGCUGGAGGUAGCUGUAGUGUACUACCGCUAUGGCUACAUGCCAGGUAACUACACUGAACAGACUUGGGAUGCUCGUCUUCUGAUGGAGCGCUCUCUGGCUGUGAAAUGUCCAGAUAUCAGCACUCACCUGGCUGGAACCAAGAAGGUCCAGCAGGUGCUCGCCAGACCUGGUGUUCUGGAGAAGUUCUUCCCAGACCAGCCCCAAGUAGUGGAGCAGAUCAGAGCAACGUUCGCUGGCCUCUAUACUCUAGACAUGGGUGCAGAGGGUGACCAGACAGUGGCCAUGGCUUUGGCCAAUCCAGAUAAGUUUGUCCUGAAGCCUCAGAGAGAAGGAGGAGGGAACAAUUAUUUUGGAGAGGACAUGGUCAGAGUACUACAGGAGGUUAAAGGCGAUAAAAGGAGAGCUGCUUAUAUUCUGAUGGACAGAAUCCGACCCAGAACAGAACAAAACAUCCUGCUGAGGAGAGGACUUCCUCUCAAACUCUCCACUGUUUGUAGUGAAAUAGGAGUUUAUGGAGCCUAUGUGAGGCACGGAGGAAAAAUGGUCCUCAAUGAGGCUGCUGGACACAUGUUGAGGACAAAGAGCACCGAGCACAAUGAUGCAGGGACUUUCCGUGGAGUUACCACAUAUGACAGUCCGUUUGUCAUCUGAACUCUCCUCCUGGUAUCUAUGGAGGCCCCUGAUCUAUUGCAAGGAAGUUAAUAUUAUUUUUUUGCUGCAGUUUGCAGUUCCACAGGCUGAACACUAGGUGGCAGUAAAACCAAAGGCAUGUUUCUCAAAUACAGUUACAGUUUUUUUUUACAGUUGUUUACAAACUAAAAUGAAAAUUUUCACACAAUUAACAGCUCUUUACACUCAAGAAGCAAAACACCUGUCCAUAGAUGCACAACAGUAAGCACAGACUCACAGCUUCACACUUUUUGCAAAACAUUACACACAGUGAUUUGCAAAACUCUACACGCAUUGUCACACCUUAGACACAGAUAAGGAUUGUGAGGUUACUUCCUUCUCAUUACAAAGCCCCUGCUUGCCAACGACCACACUAAUGAACGAAUUGGAUAAUCACAUCCACCUGGUGUGGAAGCACACAGGUGCUUAGUGUAAACCAAGUGGACCACAUGCAGUACAUUG